GCAUUGACAUCCUCAAGCUGGUGGCAGCCCAGGUGGGGAGCCAGUGGAAGGACAUCUACCAGUUCCUGUGCAACGCCAGCGAGCGCGAGGUGGCAGCUUUCUCCAACGGCUACGCGGCCGACCACGAGCGCGCCUACGCCGCCUUGCAGCACUGGACCAUCCGAGGGCCUGAGGCCAGCCUGGCACAGCUCAUCAGCGCCCUCCGCCAGCACCGCCGCAACGAUGUUGUGGAGAAGAUUCGAGGUCUCAUGGAGGACACCACACCGGUGCAAAUGCAGCCUCAGUGGCAAGCGCAGGACCCCUGCAAUGAAGACGGAAAGGUGGAAGGUGACAGACUGGCGCUGCCGAUGAGCCCCAGCCCACUCAGCCCCACGCCCAGCCCCAAGCCCCCCGAGGCGGCCGUCCUCACCGUGGAGCCCUCGCCUUCGGAGAAGAAAUGCUUCUUUGUCGACGAAGCGGAGCCCCUCCUGCGGUGCGACUCGGCCUCCAGCGGCUCCUCCGCGCUCAGCCGGACAGGCUCUUUUAUUACCAAAGAAAAGAAGGACACCGUCCUGCGCCAGGUGCGCUUGGACCCUUGCGACCUGCAGCCCAUCUUCGACGACAUGCUGCACAUCCUCAACCCCGAGGAGCUCCAUGUGAUAGAGGAGAUCCCGCAGGCCGAAGACAAGCUGGACAGGCUAUUUGAGAUUGCUGGAGUCAAGAGCCAGGAAGCCAGCCAGACCCUCCUGGACUCUGUCUAUAGCCACCUUCCCGACUUACUGUAGGCACUGGGUCACCAUGCGCUCUCCGAAUAUCUGCUAGAGCUAGCUUGGCACUCGUUAAGACAACUGGCAAUAUGCAGGCAGGUUUUGUUGUAGAAUACAUGGCCAGUAUUUUUGUUGAGGUGUCCUUGGUUUCUGGAGGGGGGGGGCAGUUUGCCAGCAUUGCACACCUCCACCUUAACUCUAUCGCUCAGUCCAAGUCUUUGCACCCUCUGCCCCUUUCCCGAGCAUCUCUCCUCCUUGUUCUCAUUCCAAUCAGAUCAGCCAGUGCACUUUAAAA